GUUCCAAAAGUCGGCAAUAAAUCGAUUCCGUUUUUCUUCCGGUCUUCAACGAACGAUAUUGCAGUCCGAAAUUUGCGGACUUUUGAAAGAAAUGAACAUCUCCACGAAAACCGGUCUGAUCGCGAGCCCUCGGAAGCACAUCGUCCGGCCGCGGAAGGAGUUCGACCCGGCCGUCCUGGCGCCAUGUGCGAUCACCCGCCAGGUCCCCUUAGCGCUGCGGCCAUUCGGGGGCCUCUACAACCCGUACUCCAAGGGAUGUUCCGUUCUGUGCAACCAUCCGGCCGCCCAGGAGUUGAAAAACGUCGUCCGGUUAGCUAAGGACGCCUGGAUUACCGAUGCCCGGACCGUCCACAGCGAGAAGCUGCUGAUGGGCGGCCAAGGCCACGGUUCGGGAAAGCAACCCGAUGGCAGCAAGCGGAUGAUGUCCAAGGAUUCGGAUCUGCCGGAUCACGUGCCGGAGGAGUUCUUCCGGCGCUACACGGACACCGACUCGCGGCCACUGACACCAACACCGACCGUAGCUAGCGGACGAACCCGGGCGAGCGUCGUCGGUGGGUCCCAUCUGACCCGGCGCUGUGUCACGCCGGAACCGCAAACGCAGAACCUGCAAGAACGGAAGCAACUGAUCCUGGACCUACGGCGAAGUCACAGCCAGGAAACUUUGUACUGGAACGCGUCGUCCGAGCUGUCCCCAAGCCAGCUGCAGGAUCCCUCGUGGAUGCAGCACCACAGCCAGAUACCGGAAACGGUGGACGAGCGUGUCCUCGGGGGAGACGGCGCCGAAUCGGACAAGGAGGACCGCCAAGGCAAACCAACCCCGAUGACCUGUAUCAACGCGAUGGAGGACGGUGAGGAGGAUCCCCCAAGGCGACGCGGCAAACGACGCAAAAAGUCCAAACAGCUGCCCCAGACGAUCAGCUUCACGCCCAACCAGGACCCGGAGACCGCGGUGGCCACCAUCGAUCCGGACUCGCCCAACUACUCGGCCCGUCCGUCGCUGGUGCCAACCGGUCGCAGUCUGCUCAGUUCCGGGGCCGAGUCGCCUCCGAGGGCCAGCGUCGAGGAACAGAUCGAGUACAUCGAGUGCUUCCUGGACGACGAAGCGCUGUGUCUGCUCCGCCGUGGACUCAACAUCGACAUCGUCGAGUCCGUCUUUGAGCGUUACAAAGCACGAGCCAUGCGAGAAGCGUUCCGAACGGCAACCACCGACAAGCUGGACUUCCAGUCGCGAGCCGUCAAGCAGCUGGAGGAGACGCUGGACAUCCACGACAUCGACCACGAGAAGUGGAUCAACCUGCCGCGCAAGUACUCGCGAUCGUCGGCCCGCUUCGAACUCCCGAUGGACACGCGAACCCUUUCCACAAUGACCCCGAUCGAGUACCUGAAGCGGCACGUCGUCCUCUGUGACGAUCGCAAGAAGCUGUUCCAUCGGAUCUUCUGCCGGAACCUGCCCUCCGACGACGGCAAACCAAACCAAGAGUUCAACGAGAACGACUCCAUCCCGGAGACGGAAACGCCCGUCCAGCUGGAAACGUUCAAGAACCUGCUGGCGGACGUGACGCGCCUCAUCCCGAUGGCCAACUUUGACAAGGCGAUGCACGAGGCGCUCGGCUUCCACGGCACGCCCGAGAAAAUCUUCGAGAUUCGCGAGCUGCUGGAGCUGAACUACGAGUACUACCAGGAGAUUCCGAUCGACUUCCGGUCCUGGUGUGGGAUUGUGGCGUUUGCGGAGCGGUUUAUCAUUACGCAGGAUCGCGAGCUGGACCCGUGCAAUGAGCUGGAGAUGGUGGACUUUGAGUCGCUGGAGCGACGAAUUCGUUCCGCCAAACCGUCGGAGAAUCUUUGCAAAGUGCUGCAUAUUAUUAAAAGUAAUUGA